UCAGACGGAGGCUGUCAAGAGGACUGAAGACAGUUGGCAGAGAGAUAAGUCAUGAUGUCUGAUUCCAGGGUGUCCUCCGUCAUCCAGGAGUGGGUGAGCUCGUACCCGGGCCAGGCCCAGACCCAGAGUCCCAGCAACCAGGUGGUGUCCAACGCCCAGAUGUCUCAGAUGGACAUGCUCUCGUACAACCACUCCCAGGGCAUGAUGAGGGGGGGCGCUGACGACAGGGUGGCCGAGCAGAUGAUGGGGCUGCCGUACCUGUCGUACCCGCCGCCCUGCCUCAACAACAGCUCCAGCCUGGGGAACUCCACCCAGCACCAGAGCCUCGCCAGCACCCAGCAGGACUUCUCCCCGUUCCUGCUGCCCACUCUGAGGGCCCCGGUGACCAAGAGGAGCAUCAGCAAGGACAGCGCCGAGUACCGGCUCCGGCGCGAGAGGAACAACAUCGCGGUGAGGAAGAGCCGGGACAAGGCCCGCCGGAGGAUCCUGCUCACCCAGCAGCGGGCCCUGCAGCUGCAGGAGGAGAACCAGAAGCUGCAGAUGAGGAUAGGGCAGCUCACGCAGGAGCUGGACACUCUCAAACACAUCCUGUCGCAGCGGCACCUGCAGGGCGCCGAGGCCGGAGGGCCGCGCGAGUCCAGCAUCUGAACAGAGAAACUCACCGUCGCUCGUUCAAGUAGCAGUGACUCACUGAUGUCAGAGUGGUUUCCAGUGUCUGCAGGAAGAACUCUGGGGUUGAAAAAGUGUGUGUUACUUGUACUGAGGAGAAGAUCCGAACUACUGCCGCAGUUCAGGAGGUCACGGCCAUCACAUGUUUCCUUUCUUUUCAUCUCAUCACACUCAUUCCUCCUUAAAUGUUCAUUUUAGAACGUUUAAUA